AUUAAUUCCUUGUAACCGACACCCUUUAAUUUAUACUUUCAACAAAGUACUUAGUCAUACUUAGCAAAGUACAACCAUUUGAUGACUUAUUUGGACCGUGCAUGCUAUGAUCAAAAUAAGACUUGGACAAAAUUAAUUCCCUUGCAUUGGAUUGGACUUGGACAUCUUGGACACUUGUACCUUGACCAUCUUGGUCAAUUGAAAAUACAAAAUCACAGGGCAUCAAAAUGAAAAUGUAAAAAGAAAUGAAACUCGAGUUUAUUAGUGAGUAAAAUUGUCUUUUUCUUUUGUCUUUUUAAAGGUGCAACUGUAAGUACAUAUUUUUAAGUUGAAUAUGAUAUUUUCAGUUGCUUUAAUAUGUUGAUCGUAGGGUUUGGAAAGGCGAUUGAACUGGGCAACUAGCUGAUCAAACCCCAAUCCUAUAGCUCUUGUAGAAUAAAAACUUUGCAUUUUCUCAAAUGAUGGUAUACCCUUCAUGAACUGUGCUUAGAAUGUUUUAUUGAUUUGGUAGCGUAAGUAGAGGAUACUUAUCUGUUGGUUGUCUUGUUUUUACUAACCUGUUACCUCAAGAACAAUGGACUUUCAGGGUUUCAUCCUUUCAUCUCAUACAUCCUAUGGGAAAACUAAUAUCAAUGUUGAAAGUUUGAAACUGUCAUGAGUUGCUGCAGAUCUUGGAAAAAAUGGUUUUAAUUGUUUUGGUUAGCUUAUUCUGUUGUUUUAACUAUUUGUUUGUGUUUUACGGCUUCUGUUGCUGUCUUUUUAGCUUUCUUUGUUCCAUUCUAUCGUAGGCGUACCUAAUAGAAUUACAUAUUACAACUCAAAAAUUAGUGAGGCUUCAAAGUAUGAAUUCUAGCCUCUCUGCUGUUUAUAGGAACUAUCCUUUUUCUUCUCACUUCAUUUCGACAUGCUAGUUUCCACCUUGCUCGCUAUUUUACAAAAAAAUGGCAUCCCCCCUCAUUCUCUGUUCACAUUUGCAUUGAUACGUCAGUAGUGAAGGUUACUUGAUGUGUUUGUCUGAAAUACGAAUUGAAAUAGAGUGAUAUGUUUGUCAUUCUUUUAAUUUAACUUUUUUUUUUCAUUUUAGUUUUUGUGACUUAGAUAAAAUAACUCUCUGAAUUCGAACCCGAAAGAAUGGAUGGGAACUAAGAAUUGGUGGAUGUUUACCAAAUAAAGUGAUGAAUAUGAACGGGGAGUAGAUGAAUAUGUCAAAAAGGCUUUUGCUACUAAGUCUCAAGGAAAUCAAAUAUGUUAUCCUUGUUCACUUUGUCAAUUAUCGUUUUUAGCAUGAUGAAGGUGUUGUGAUAGAUCACCUAAUUUGUAAUGGUUUUUUUCAAGAACGGAUAAGUUAUCAGAUUUAGGGAUCAAUAUCCAAAGAGAAGAAACUAUUUUGGAUAGGGAUGAAGGGUCAAACCCAAAUGAGUCUGACGAUGACAUAGUAGGGUUGUUGAAUGAUGCACGUGAUGCUUUUAGAGAGGGGCCAAAUGAUGAGGCAAAAAAGUUUUUGAGGUUAGUUGAAGAAGGUUAAGAAGAAUUGUAUCCUGGUUCCAAAAAUCAUUCAAAAUUUUCCUUUAUGAUUCGCCAUUUUAUUUUGAAGUGUGAUCAUAAGCUAAGCAAUGCUGCAUUUGGAGAUAUAUUGGAGCUUAUAAGGGAGGUGUUGCCUGAUGCAAAGUUGCCUAGUUCUUUUAACAAAGCGAAAAGUGUUUUGAAAGUGUUGGGGUUGGAUUAUACAAAGAUCGAUGCAUGUCCAAAUGAUUGCAUGAUAUAUUGGGAAGAGCAUGAAAAUGCAACAAGCUGCCAUGUUUGUAAAACGCCAAGAUGGAAAUCAAAGGACAAGGAGAAUGAGAUACAAAAUGAUAAUGGAAAGACCUAUAGGAUUCCUCAAAAGAUUCUUAGGUACUUUCUGAUAAAGAAAAGGCUUCAACGACCGUUUAUGUGUCAAGAGACGGCGAGAUACAUGACUUGGCAUGCCGAUGGGCGUGAAAGUGAUCAUUUCUUACAUCAUCCUGCUGACGGUCCAGCUUGGAAGGAAUUUGAUUCCUUAUAUAAAGAGUUUGCUGAUGAUCCGCGCAAUGUGAGGCUAGGGUUAGCCACAAAUGGCUUUAACCCGUUCAACUCAAUGAGCAUUCUACAUAGUACCUGGCCAGUUAUGUUGAUCAAUUAUAACUUGCCUCAGAUGAUUAUGAAGCCUGAGUUUUUGAUGUUAGCAUUACUAAUUCCGGGUCCUUCUUCCCCAGGCAAUGACAUUGACAUAUAUUUGCAGCCACUAAUGAAGGACUUGAAGGAUUUGUGGGAGUUUGGAUUGGAAACUUAGGAUGCUUCCAGUAAUCAGAGGUUUGACAUGCAUGUAGCAUUGAUGACUACUGUGAGUGAUUUUCCCGCUUACGUAAUGUUAGCUGGGUGGAGCACAAAAGGAUACUUAGCAUGCCCUAAGUGUCAUUAUGAAACAGAUUCUGAUUGGUUGCCUUAUAAUGGUAAGAAUGUGUACAGGGGUAAAUCGUAAAUUUUUUGAUCCAUUUCACCCUUGGCGUCGUGAUAAGAGGAAUUUUGAUGGGAAACUUGAGGAAAGACAGCAACCUACUCCAUUGACUGGAAUUGAUAUUGAGAAUAUGUUGCGAGAUUUUCCAAAUGAAUUUGGAAAGAAGCAAAAGAAACCAAGGCGUGUUGAGGAUGAUCUGAAUCCGUGGGAAAGAUACCCAUUUUUUUUUAGUUACCAUAUUGAAAGCAUUGUCUUAUUCGUCAUAAUCUUGAUGUAAUGCAUAUUGAGAAAAAUGUGUUUGAUAGUGUCAUAGGGACAUUGUUAGACAUUUCUCAAAAGACCAAGGAUCAUGUGAGUGCUCGUCGAGAUUUGGUAUAGCUUAAUUUGAUGCCAGAACUUCAACCAAUCAAAUUGGAAGAUGGUGCGGAGGAAUUUCCAAGAUCUCGCUUGGAUGUCGUUGGAGCAAAAACGCAACCAGGUCUUUAAAAAUGUCAAGCUUCCUCAAGGCUAUGCUUCUAACAUUGGUCGAUGUGAGCAAGUUGGAGAAAGGAAAAUUGCAGGCUACAAAAGCCAUGAUGCUCAUUUUAUGAUGAAUUAUUUGCUCCCAGUUGCAGUGAAGACAACAUUACCCAAAGAUGUUGCUACUCCUUUGAUAAGACUUUGUGCUUUUUUUAAAAGUAUAUGGAGUGAAAUUGUUAAUCCUCAACAUCUUGAAAAAAUGCAAUCUGAGAUAGUUGAAACUUUAAGCUUACUUGAGAGGAUUUUUCCACCUGCCUUUUUUGAUAUAAUGGUACAUUUACCUAUACACUUGGUGGGCCAAAUUAAGUUGGGUGGGCCUGUAAGUUCAAGGUGUAUGUAUGGAAUUGAGAGGUAUCUUCAUGGACUGAAGCAAGAUGAAUGAAAUAAAGCUCGUCUAGAAGGCUCAAUGGCAUAAGGAUAUCAAGCCAAAGAAUGUAUUGUCUUUAUAGCUAGAUUUUUGAAAUGAUCAAGCCACGACCAUACCUAAGGUUAAUGGUUGUGGUAAAUCACAAUCAUUUUUUCCUAAGGUAAGACGUCCAAUAAAGGGGAAAGGAAGGACCUCAAAGAAAAAAAAACACGAACACAUAAUUGAUCGCAUUACAUGGGCACAAGCGCAUCAUUAUGUCUUGUUCAAUUGUGAUUGUGAGGAAGUUGAGAAAUAUAUCAGUGAGCACAAGAUAUGUGUAAGCGCAAGAAGAAAAAGAAAAUGGAAUAGUGCUCAAGAUCAUAGCAAGGAUUUUGUGGAUUGGUUUAGGAUAAAGUUGAUUUGAUUCUCAAAGAGGGUCAAGACUUCAUCCCUAACCAUAUCUUAUGGUUAUCAAAAGGGCCUUCUCACAUUGCUAAAAAGUACACAGGGUACUUAGUCAAUGGUUAUAGGUUCCAUACCAUGAAGUGCGAUGCAAACUGUGUCACUCAGAAUAGUGGAGUCACUCUAACAGCCAUGACACAUAGCUUUGCAAGUUCCAAAGAUCAGAAUCCUAUUGAGGGAAAUGUUAAUUAUUAUGGUUCAAUAAUAGAAAUCAAUGAAAUAUCUUACCAUGGCUUUGUGUUGUCUUAUUUAAGUGUGUUUGGUUUCACUUGGAAAUGGAUGAUGAUGAGCUUGUUAUGAUUAAUAUGUGUAAGACCAUUUCCAAAGAAGAACCAUUUUUAUUGGCAUCUCAAGCACAUCAAGUGUUUUAUGUUGAAAAUCUUAAUAGAGAUGGUUGGCAUUAUGCUAUUCAAAUCCCUCCUAGAGAGCUUUCGGAUGGUAUUGACAUACAAAUUUAAAUAAUUCACUACAUUCUCAUGAUAGCUUAUUUUAUAUUGCAAUACUUUUCAUAUUUUAUUAUCUUUUUUGGAAAAUAAACGUGUUCUCAUUUAUUGUCUUUGCGGAUGAUGAGGAAUAAAACAAAAGUUUCUGCUUCCCAAAGUCAGAUUACAGAUUAUGAGUUACAAAGGCUUCAAAAUUUAAAGUUCAAUGUAGAAAGAAUGUCAGCCCAAGGAUCGGGAUCCUUAGCGAAUAAGAUACUUCAACAAAAAGCGAAAGACCUACUUUCUCCAAGUGCAAGGCAGACAGAAGAUGACUCCACGUCAGAGUAUGAUGGUGAAGAGGAGGGCGAAACUAUGGAAGAUGACAGUCUUGCGUCUGGAAAAAGAAAGGUACGUAAACAGGUCUCAAAGAAACUACAUUUGAUUUGCACACGUAAAAUGGCUAUUGUGGAGAUGAAUAUCCAGAAAAGGCAGCAUGUUGAUGACUUUUGCGACAAUAACUGUUGAUUAGGCCAAGCAAGUUCAGGAUCAUGGCAUCCAAAGGAAGCAGCAACAACAGCAAGUUGGGUCAAAAAAUAAAGGCAAAAAAAGAGCAUUCUGUUCUCCUGGUAGCAUACCUUGAGUUUCGGAAAUGGCAAAAAGAAAACAAUGAAGUGCUUGAAGAAAGUAAUCGUUCUUUGCAUAAUUCCAUGACAGCGCGAAUACGAUAUGACAAUGAUGCAUUGAAUGCGAAUAACAAUAAUGAUGCCAUAUAUGAGAAUGAUGAUGAUGAUGGGCUGAAUGAGAAUGAUGAUGAUGAUGGGCUGAAUGAGAAUGCCGAUGCUAGUGAUAUUGAUCGUGAAGGCGAUUAAGAAUUUGACCAGCAAGAUGUAGCACAGUACUAAAUGGAAG